AUGCGAUUUCUGAUCGAUUUAGUAAAACAAGCAGGAGCCCUUGGCUGUAUCCUCCCAAAUCACGGAUACAAUUACUCAGAUGUCGGACCAUUACCUGUUGCAGCUCUUGGUAUAAAUGACAUGAACUUGGUCAAAACCUACCAAAACUCUACAAAGAAACCUCAAGUUCAAAUUUUCAAAAGCCAAGCUAUAUACAAUAAUCCAGCUGCUCCUCUUGUUGCCUCAUUUUCUUCCCGAGGUCCUAGCAAAUUUAUAUCCGAUAUUAUAAAGCCUGAUGUAAUGGCCCCUGGUGUGGAAAUUCUGGCGGCGUAUUCACCAAUGGCUUCACCAUCGAAUUCCUUUAUCGACAAAAGCUCUGUCAACUACACCAUCCUAUCAGGCACAUCCAUGGCUUGCCCACAUGUAGCUGCUGCUGCUGCUUUUGUUAAGUCUUUUCACCCAAAUUGGUCUCCAUCAGCAAUCAAAUCUGCACUCAUGACCACGGCAUGGGAAAUGGAUCCUAUCCAGAACUUAGAUGCUGAAUUUGCAUAUGGGUCUGGACAUAUUGAUCCGCAAAAGGCUAAAGAUCCAGGGCUUGUACAACUAAAUUACCCUUCAAUGGUGGCACGAGUUGAUGUGAAAUCUGCAUUUGUGCUGUCGUUUCCUAGAACGGUGACCAAUGUGGGUGAUGCUAAUUCCAAGUAUGUUGCAUCCAUACAAGGAGAUUCAAAGCUCAACAUCCGUGUAGAUCCAAACAUUCUACAAUUCACUUCAUUAAACCAGAAAUUGUCUUUCGUGGUGACUGUUGAAGGAAAAGGUAUCAAGUCACCACUAACAGUAAAGAGUGGGUCUUUGUUAUGGACCAGUGAGAAGCACAAAGUCCGCAGUCCAGUUGUGGUGUAUACCGGGAAUGCUACCACUAGCAGUGGAGGCGUCUCAACACCAUCACCAUUUUGUAAAGCCUUUGUUAUUCUUUUUGUUUGCAUUAUUAUAGCUCAUUGUAUUUAG